GGCAGACCUGCCAGGAGCGAGUUGCAGUAGUCCAGUCUUGAAAUGACAAGGGACUGAACAAGCACCUGAGUGGCCUGUGUGGAAAGAAAUGGACGAAUCUUUCUGAUGUUAUAAAGGAGAAAUUGGCAUGAGCUUGUCAGAUAAGCAAUUUGAGAGGAAAAGGACAGUAGAUUGUGCAUGGUUACCCCAAGGUUGCAACCGAAGGUGAGAUCAGAGAGUUGUCCAGGGAGAUCACAAGAUCCUGACAUGGGGAUGAAUCACCUGGGAUUAAUAGCAGUUUAAUUUUGCUGCUAUUAAGUUUCAGCUGAUGAGCUGUCAUCCAUGAUGAGAUGUCUGCCAGACAUGCUGAUAUCUGAGCAGAGACAUGAGUGUCUGAGGGAGGGAAGGAGAGAAUGAGUUGAGUGUCUUCCGCAUAGCAGUGGUAUGAAAACCCAUGUGAGGAUAUGACCACACCAAGAGAUCGAGUAUAGAGGGAGAACAGAAGAGGACCAAUACUGAGCCUUGCGGGACACCAGUGGAGAGUCUGCGGGGAGCACAUGUGGAUCCCCUCCAUGUCACCUGAUAUGACCGACCAUCCAGGUUUAUAUGCUCAGAGGAGUAAGUACACUGGGUGAUCCAGGAAAAGGGUGGAGCAACUAAAGAGAACAUUACAAGCACAGUUCAUGCCAGAUUCUCUCACCUUUCAAUGUUGACUGCUAGUGGAUUAUAGGAUCAUGUUGAGCCUUAUCAAACUACCUCGAGUCUUAACCAUCAACCAAGUUCCAAAAGUGUUCCAUGAGGAUGGGAUCAUAUCUGGGUAUCGAUAUCCAUACAGCUCCGCUAAAGACUGUGUUCUAAGUAUCUUCCAGCUAACUAAUGAAACCCUCAACAUUUGGACCCACUUUCUUCCUACAUGGUUCUUCUUGUGGAAGCUCCUUGUGGUGCUAAUAGAGGAAGACUGGCAGGACUCGUACUGUUGGCCUCUGCUGGUCUUCCUGUUGUCCAGCUGCUUGUACCCACUGGCUUCCAGCUGUGCACACACCUUCAGUACCAUGUCUGAACGUGCCAGACACAUCUGCUUCUUCUUCGACUAUGGAGCACUCAGCUUCUACAGCUUAGGUUCUGCCAUCGCAUACUCCUCCUAUAUAUUUCCUGAGAAAUGGGUGAACAGUGUUUUCCAUAAAUAUUACAUUCCCACUGCCAUGCUCAACUCUAUCCUCUCCACUGGACUGGCCUGCUACUCAAGGCUUGGAUUACCUUUCAUUGAGUACAACUACCGUUUAAAUAAAAGGUCUGUUGAGAAAACAAGUGUGAAACUAGAGAAAAUUCUGCGCAUUGUGUCCUUUGCACUUCCGUAUCUCUUUGACAACAUCCCUUUGUUCUAUAGGAUUUUUGUGUGUGUUGGAGAGGAUUGCACACUCAAUGAAGCCAUUACUGUUCACUACCAGCACACUGCACUGGCACUACUUACAGGAUUCCUCUUUGCCUCACACCUACCUGAACGCCUGGCACCUGGAAGUUUUGACUAUAUAGGACACAGUCACCAGCUCUUUCAUGUGUUCGCAAUCACUGGCACGUACUUCCAGCUCGCUGCAGUUGAGCUAGACAUGACCUUACGGAAGCAAUGGCUUCUGACUCAUUCACAACCCAUUACCUUCACCAACACAGUAGGUGCAGCAUUGCUUUGUGCAGCCUUCAGUCUAUGUAUAAUCUAUGUCUUCAGUAAGGCACUUUUCUGCACAAGGAUUUGGAAGGACAGUGAUUUGAAAAGGUCACAUUUUGCUGCAGUUUCUGACUCACAGCAUGCAAAAGUGUGUUUUAUUUUAAGACAGGAAAAAUUAAGGUGAAGGAUUUUUUUUCAUGGACUGAAGCAUGUUCUAUACAAGACUGAUAUCUGUGUUAAUUAUUCAAGAUCUCCUGUUAGAGAUCUGUUAAUUAGAUUUUGUUAUAAAAUAAGUUGAAAACUGAAAUGAGGAUUCAUGCUGUGCCUUUCACUGGGUUGUGUUUACAAUUAUGACACUCAGUAUGUGAUUUAUUAUUAUUUUUUGCUUCAAUUUCAAGACCUGGAUUCCCCACAUGUACACUGAAAAUUUUUUUAUUUCUGUGAAGUUUUGUUACUUGGUAUAAUUAUAUUUAUUUUAUU